GGAGACGAUCGUUGCGUACUGCGCCCAAAAUAGACAACCUAAUGGUCCGAUCUCGAUUCCAAACCGACCCCUCCCUCGCGUUCCAUUCGCCCGACGCCUUCCGCGGACGACGAACGGCAAUUCGGAAGCCGCAGGAAGGAGAGAAGGGAUCCAAAUCAGUAAUAGGAUAUUUGUUCUUUUGUCGAUCGUUUGGGAUUUGAUUUGAUUUAGGUUGAUUCUCGAGGAAGAGGGAUCGGCUUUUCUUUAAUCCCUUCCUUUGUUGUGUUCCGUGCGGCUCUUUUUAUGAUGCCCUGCUGUUCUUCGUCGCUUGGAUCGCGGAUUCGAUCGUGGCUCCACGACUACGAUUGCCUCCAGUCUGUCGCCGUCGUCCUCAUCUACGUCCAAAUUGGGUGUGCACUUGUCGGAUCGCUUGGGGCCUUGUUCAAUGGAGUGUUGCUGAUCAAUCUGGUGGUGGCGCUAUUUGCUCUAGUUGCGAUUGAGAGCAGUAGUCAGAUCCUUGGGAGGACUUACGCGGUGCUUCUCGUUUUCUCUAUCCUGCUUGACGUCGCGUGGUUCAUACUUUUCUCCCACACGAUAUGGAACAUGACUCCUGAUCAGAAGUUUGGGCCACUGUUUGUCUUCUCACUCAGGCUUGCUUUAUGGAUGGAGAUCAUUGGCUUUUCAGUGAGGUUUUUGUCUUCAUUCUUAUGGAUUCAGAUGUAUAGACUGGGGGUUUCAACUGUGGACAGUACUAUCCACCAUGUAGAUUACAGUGUGAGAAAUAGCUUUGUGAACCCUUCAACACAAAUAACUAGGCAGAACUCCACUUCUGAUGAGAUCUUGGGAGGUGCCAUUUAUGAUCCGUCUUAUUACUCCUCGCUUUUUGAGGAUACUCAAGACAAACAAUGCCUUCCUGAGGAUGACAAUCAGAAUGUUCAUGAUAGUCACUCUUCUUCAGAAAUUGAAGCUCCAAAACUUAAAUCAUGCAUUAGUAGAUCUUUUCAAGUCAUAGAUGUUGAUAAUGCUCUAAGAAAGCCCCUAUUGCAAUGAUUCAUUUCUAUACAUGAUCGACCACAUUUCAGCAUUCAUUUUACCCCUUUACUUUACAGUUGCCCCUUCUUUUUGGAACAAUGGGCAUUUUUCUGUUAGAACGCAAGCAGUCUCUUGCAAAUACAGAGGUGCUGUACUAUGGAUACCUUGCCGAAACAAAGGAGUUGCAGCUGGUCCGUCAACCCUUAAUCCUUUACAAUCUCCAGAGGAACAUUGGUGAAGCUUAAUCGACAUUAUCAAGCAUUAAGACAAGAACACUUAUCAGAACGCAGAUCAAUCCAUCAGAAUCUUUUUGGCGGUGAUAAAAUCACUGGGAACACAGAAAUGCACUUGGUCUCACCUUUAAGAACCCCCAGAUUGAAGGUGACCUGUAAGUAGUUGUUGGGCCAACUUUUAUGUGCAUCGUCAGUGAUGAACAAUACUAAAUGCUGGUGCUAUGGAAUUAGAAGUUUUGAUUCAGUUGGAGCAUGGGAUAAGAGGUCUCAAAGUCUUUUCGUUGCUGAUCCUCAUUACUGUUCCAGCCAAAUGUAUCAAACAGAAUGCCUACUCCACUCCUAUGGCUGUACAUAAUGGAAAUUGAAAUGCUGCAUGAGAGAACCACCUUAAGCUUUUUGUCUCUAUACAUGUCAGUAACUCGAAGGGUACACGAAAUAGAGCAAAUUGAUGUGUGUUCCUUUUGUUAUUGAA